GGUUUGAAGCUUUUUCGGUUUUACGAUUUCGGAUUUAUAAUGAUUUCUAAAAUAUGUAAACAAAAUGCAAAUUACAAAGUUUAAUAUUAUCUACAAUUUCAGUGGUCUAAGUUAAUUCAAUAACAUGAGUCCAUUAAAAUUACUUUUGCUUCAUUUGCGUUUAUUAUAAUAUUUGUUUUUUUACGAUCGGUGAUUGACAAUGUCUUUAGCCGAAGAACUGCUUGCGGAUUUGGAAGAGGAUGGCUACGAUGACAUUGAGCCGAUGGUCGUUGAAGAGGAAGCCAAUGAUAUACCACAAGAUAAUGCAUUAGUUUUGAAACAAUCUGAAUUCAAAAAUGUCAAAAUACGUGAUCUCGCCAAACUUAGAGAUUCCAAGCGGCUCGAAGACAUUAUGCAGCAAAUAGACGUAUUUCAAAAUCGACAAAGGAGGGCCGAUGAAGUUUUAGGCCCCGUUGAAACCGACCCUGAAUAUCGUUUAAUUGUCGAAGCUAAUAAUUUAAUAGUGGAAUUUGAUGAUGAAAUUUUGGUGAUACAUAAAUUUGUUCGAGAUAAGUAUUCAAAGAGAUUUCCUGAAUUAGAGUCCCUCGUAGUUGGACCAUUAGAAUACGUGCAGACAGUUAAAGAACUAGGAAAUACUCUUGAACAGUCAAAAAACAAUGAAGUACUUCCUACUUUCCUUACCCAAGCUACUAUUAUGGUAGUUUCUGUCACGGCAUCUACUACCCAAGGGCAAUUAUUAACAGACAAUGAAUUAAUAGAAGUGCGUGAGGGCUGUGACAUGGCUAUUGAUCUAAAUAAAUUGAAAUUAAAAGUAUACGAGUAUGUAGAAAGUAGAAUGACUUUUAUCGCUCCAAAUCUUUCCGUUAUAGUUGGUGCUUCGACGGCGGCUAAAAUUAUGGGCGUAGCAGGAGGAUUGACAAAUUUAUCCAAAAUGCCAGCAUGCAAUGUUUUAUUGUUGGGAUCUCAAAAAAAACUUUUAUCCGGAUUUUCACAAGUCAACGCAAUGCCACAUACUGGUUUUAUUUUUCAUUGUUCGUUAGUCCAAAAUAAUCCACCGGAUUUAAGGAGAAAAGCAGCCAGAUUAGUAGCUACUAAAAGUACGUUAGCUGCUAGAGUGGACGCUGCACAUGAAAGUGUAGAUGGUCAUAUUGGAAUGACGUUAAAAGAAGAUAUUGAAAAAAAAUUGGAUAAAUUGACGGAACCGCCUCCGGUCAAAUUUGUUAAGCCUUUACCUAAGCCCGUUGAUCCUGGCCGAAAGAAGAGAGGAGGCAAAAGAGUUCGUAAAAUGAAAGAACGCUUUGCUGUUACAGAAUUACGAAAACAAGCUAAUAGAAUGAAUUUCGCUGACAUUGAAGACGACGCUUAUCAAGAAGAUUUGGGUUACACUCGUGGAACUAUUGGAAAGUCAGGAACAGGUAGAAUUCGACACGCCCAAGUUGAUGAAAAGACCAAGGUUCGAAUUUCAAAAACUCUACAAAAAAAUUUACAAAAACAACAAGCGUGGGGUGGUGCGACUUCAGUGAAAAAACAAGUUUCCGGUACUGCUUCAAGUGUAGCAUUUACUCCACUUCAGGGAUUGGAAAUCGUUAACCCUCAAGCGGCCGAAUCUAAAAAUACUAGUACGAGUUCGGCUAGAUAUUUUUCCAAUACUGCUAGUUUUGUAAAUGUAACCAGUAAACAUUAAUCUGUAAAAAAAUAUAUAUACAUAUAUAUAAACAUAAAUAAUUAUAACAACUGUACUAGAGUUUUAAGUACAUUUUUUACUUU